GGAUAAUGUCGGGAGCCUACUAUCCGGUAAACAUGCUUGCUUUUGCCGUCCUUUUGACGUGGAGGCCGAUAGCAACGUGGUCUUUUGGUUUUCCCGGAGUGGAGGUAUCCCCGUGCGCGAGAACCCUGAGACUCCCCUUUCACUUCUUCAUCUGUCCCGCACCAUAAUUCUGGGUAGAAGAAAUUUGAAGGAAUGCUUUUCCUUCUGCAAAAGUAGCGCUAUUCACAUGAAAUAAAAAAAAUUAUAUCAUGAGUGGCUGCGAGUGCGACACCCAUUGGACUCAUUCUUAUGCAUGUCCGGUGCUGCUCCGUCCUUCUGUUUACAUCAAAUACAUAGUACGCAACCACUUGUUACGUCCUUUGGCAACGGAAACACGAAGACCUCUGUACGUAGCUGGUCGUUUGAUUUGUAAAGAUGCACGCGCUGGGUCGUGGCAGAUGAAGAAGAACAGGGGGAAGUCGAACAAGAUUUGUCGAGGUAUAGGCCGCGGCGCUUUUCAUCAAUACCAACACGGUUCGUGCAGUGGACAGCACCAACGCAGCGUCCAAUGUCAUCUCGACCGGCGAAUCCGAAGUCAGGCAAGAACGUGCGUCCUCGGCAACUGCAAAACGCGUUGCAUCGCGGUCGUCCACUUCCGUCGCUUCGAGCCUGCUACAGGAGGAGGCCAGUCCCCUGCUACAAACUUUGACGGUCGCUGGAUUGUUCAGCGAAGCACUCGGCUGCCGCGCAGAUUUGGACGCUGACGAUUGCAAUCGCCGGACUCGAGCGCAGCUCCCGUCCGUCUGUCGUGCUUUUUCCCGGAUGGACAAAAAGGUGUGCGACCAGCUCCUUCCAACAAAGGAUGCGUUCUUUGGUGCGGAAGCAGGAGGUCGUCUACUUGAAGAGUUGGUGCAUAAACAUCGUUUCGAAAGUAAUACGGAUCAUCUUGAUCAAGUCCAACUUGUACGUGCUACUCUGUGCCGCAUGCUGCCGAGUAUUCCUUGCAGUUGCUGGAAAUCGCUGUUGCGUCGCGAAAGAGGUGUU